AUGCGUUCGACAAAUUCCUGUGAGGGUUAUUCUCUACCGAAGCGAACAGCCAAACUAUGGCACCGAAAACCAGUGGCCGCCAAGAAGUCCGGAAAGGCGCAGAAAGUCAUCGUCAAGGGAGAGAAGAAGAAGAGGAGACAGCGCAGGAAGGAAAGCUAUGCAAUCUACAUAAACAAGGUGUUGAAGCAGGUCCACCCGGACACCGGAGUCUCGUCGAAGACCAUGAGCAUCAUGAACAGCUUCGUCAAUGACAUCUUCGAACGUAUUGCUGCUGAGUCGUCCCGUCUGGCUGCUGUCCGUCUGCUGCUGCCGGGUGAGUUGGCCAAGCACGCUGUCUCUGAAGGAACCAAGGCCGUCACCAAGUACACUAGCUCCAAGUAA